AUUGAUAGUUAUGUUGUUAUACUACACAUCUCACAAGCCUACAGAUUGUGAAUUCAACCCGGAAGUAAGUCGUGCAGCUAAUGGCGGGCGAGAUACCAUGUACAGUUUCAGGAACAGGAGGUGGCACCUCCAAACAAGAAGCAUGGACUCUUGUGAUCCUUUUCACCUUCUGAUCUUCAUGACCUUUCUCACAGGAACCACUGGGGCGAGCCUGACCGCAUCACCGAGUCAAAUAACAAUCGGGGGCAGUAACCCAACAUCUCAGUUGACUGUAAGUUGCAGGCCAGAUGCACCUGGAAUCACUACAUUGUAUAACAUAGUGAUUGGCAAGAAGUCUUCUACUGGCUCUAAUCAGCCUAUAAUACAAAUGGGCAUCACAGAUACGUCAGUAACAGUAGUGGACACAAGUCUCCAGCAGCGGAUCACCGCCUCGGGUUCUAUCAGUGGAGGAACAGGCAGUAUACAGUUCAUCCUCACAGAUCUGAGAUGUGCUGAUGCUGCUUCUACAUACUACUGCAAAACGUCAUACUUUACUACGACAGCUGGAAGUGAUGAGACGACCACCAGCGUCACAGCUAGAACUUAUCCAGAGCAGAUAGAGAUGUUCCCCUCUCCUGACAGGGUCCAGUAUGACGAUGGUCAGCUCUUGUCAAUCAGAUGUACAGGAAGGAUCGGGAACCAGUUUGAUGAGAACAACCUCCAGAACCUGUGGACAUGGGAGUGGCGAUCUGUAAACAACGAAUUCACCACCUGGAUACGGUACCCAAAUGACCAAAACAUCACCUACGACCCUCCUACGUUGGCAGCAGAUUGUCAGUAUACAGGGGCGUCAACACUGGUUCAUACAGUCUCGAAAUUAGACAAUGGAAGACAGUUCAGGUGUUCUGUCCUAAGUGCAGGCUACAGUGCAAACAAGACUGUUUAUGUUGUUGGUCAAACAUCGCCAGCACCGCCCGAUACGUCCGCAGGUGCACCACAGAAGCAGGAGUCCUCGAUUGGUGUUGGAGUGGCUAUAGGUGUGUGUAUAAUGCUGGCUGUGGACGGCGUCUUGCUGUUUGUGGCGUACCUCUUUAGGGACGAAAUAGCAGACUGCAUAGGAAUCAAGAAAGCCAGUAAUACAAAUGUGCCAGUAAUGUCCAACAUACAGUCUCCUCAGUCCACAGUGAUCGCACCUGCCGAAAUCCAAAGACAAGGUGGAGGCGACGAGUACGAAGUGCCAGUGGACAGAAAUGAUUACGAAGCCCUACAGAGAGAAACUGCUGACGUCCCCAACACUUACGAGAAAAUACAGACAUACCAGAAUGUGUGAAACGACAUUGACGAUCAACUACCAACAGUCACCUUUACAAUCAAUGGCGAUUGGACAUUUGCUCAGAAGUCAAUGGAAACUUGUUUGAUCAUAAAAAUAGAAAUUCAGUUGUAUCAACUGAACAUUAAUUACUGCAUUAUUUUAUGGUUGUUGUGACAACCAGUUGUCAUUAAUACAUAAUGAUGCAAGGAUUUCAUAAAGCUUGUAGAUAUUAAUGAGUGAGUUAAUUUUACGCCACUUUCAGCAAUAUGUUAGCAAUAUCACGACGAGGGAAACCAGCAAUGGGCUUCAUAUAUUGUGCGCAAGUGGGAAAUCGAAUUCAGGUCUUCGGCGUAACGAGCGAACGCCUGAACCACUAGGCUGACACUAGGCUACACCUGGUAGACAUUAUAUAACCCUCAUAUGUUUAAGGUCAAAACGUCCGAACAUCACCAUCAUGUUCUAUCAUAUAAUUUGGUUUGUUGUAGUUUAAGGCUGUACUCGGCAACAUUGAAUCUAUAUCACCGCGGUCUGUCAAUAAUUGAUUGCGGACCAGAGAAUACAGUGAUAGACAUCGUGAGCAUGAAUCUACGUAGCU